AUGGCUGACUGCAGGUCAAAUCACUGCAGAGAAAAGCAAAGAAAAGAAAAUUUUCAACGAAAAGAAUCGAAACACAAGUUGGUCGAUAAAGCAAUUCCAAACAUUGCAAACGCCAUUAGAACGGUUGUUGAUGUUAGUGAGAACGAGGAUUUCAAAGCUAACUGUUUCAACCUUUUAAAGGUAGGAAAUGAGAACGAAUUCAAAGACGUUAUGACUGAACGAUUGUGGAAUAUUGCGACCUCCAGACUGGAUGUGAAACAACAUGACGGCAGAGGCCAGGAAAUUGAGGAAACCAAUCCCAGUGAAGAACUAAGUGGGUCCUGUUUUGAUGAUUUAUCUGGAAAGAUAUCAAUUUACGAAGAUUUCAAAAGCAAAGAGAACUGCUUUACAGGAGGUGAAAGAGGCAAAACAGGACCAAGCACUUGGGACAAGGACAACAAUUCUUCAUUUGAAAUGUUGGCGGAUAUGCAGUGGAAUUAA